AUGGAGGAGGAGAUGCAGCAGCUCAGGGAGCAGCUGGCUCAGCUUAAGGCGGACAAUGAGCGACUUCUUCACAAUGGGGCGUCAAAUCUGGCUGGCCCGAGCGGGGCUUCCCAGGCCUCGGGCGUCUCCACUGGUCAAGCUCGGUCGCUGGGCUUUCACACCCCCACUACAGACCGAGUGCUUUGCCGGGUGACACCGAGCCUCAAAAUCCAGCUGGCGGUGUGGCCAGGGUCCCUGUCCCCACUGCCGAGGGCCCCACAGUUGCAGAUCAGCCAGGAGGAGCACCCGUAUCGGGUUGCAGUCGGCCUAGUAACCAAAGCCUGCGCCGCACUGCACGGACAACCGCGGGGCAACAUUCGAAUCGGCAUCACCUUCCCCGUACUCGUGGUGGUGCCUCUCAAGGGUUGGUGA